AUGAGGUCCGGUAUCCGCAGUGUCGUCCGGCACAGAGAGGCUGCAAGUUCGGAUCUGGCUGCAGCGGAAGAAUUCACCACGGAGUUCUUGGAGACCGUGACUGCUGAGGGCUACCUUCCGGACCAGGUCUUCAAUUGUGAUGAGACCGGCCUCUUUUGGGAAAGGAUGCCAAGGAAGACCUUCAUCACACAGGAGGAGACCAAGAUGCCUGGCCACAAACCGAUGAAGGACCGCCUCACCCUCCUCUUCUGUGCAAACGCCAGGGGUGAUCUGAAGGUAAAGCCUCUGCUGGUUUACCAUUCGGAGAACCCCCGUGCUUUCAAGAAGCACAAAGUCAACAAGGAGAGGCUGAGCGUCAUGUGGCGGUCCAACGCCAAGGCCUGGGUCACACGGGUCCUGUUUGUGGACUGGGUGAACCAGGUGUUUGGUCCAACAGUGAGGAGGUACCUCCAGGAGAAGAACCUGCCCCUGAAGGCCAUCCUCUUGAUGGACAAUGCACCUGCACAUCCUCCUGGGCUGGAAGAAGACUUGGCGGAGGAAUUCAAGUUCAUCCGAGUCAUCUUCCUGCCACCCAACACCACCCCCCUCAUCCAGCCGAUGGACCAGCAACUGAUUGCCAACUUUAAGAAGUUGUACAUGAGGGAGCUGUUCCGGCGUUGCCUGGACAUGACGGAUGGGUCAGGCAUCAUUCUGGCUGACUACUGGAAGCACCAUUUCGAUAUCGUGAGCUGCCUGCAGCUCAUCAAAAUUGCGUGGGACAGUGUCAGCCAGAGGAACCUCAACAGUUGCUGGAAGAACUUGUGGGCAGCCUGCGUUGCUUCCACUGAAUCCAGCACACAGGAGCAGGCCGUGGUAGAGGAAAUCGUCUCCCUGGGGCAGACCAUGGGCCUGGAGGUUUCAACACAGGACGUGGAAGAAUUGGUCGAGGGACACAACCUUGAACUUUCCACUGAGGACCUGUUGAGCCUGCAGGAACAGGAGCAGCAAGGGGUGCAGCCAGACACACCUGAGGAGCAGGAGGAAGAGCCAAGGCAGUUGCCUUCGUUGUCUUAUAAGAGGGCCUGCGAACUGUGGGGAGAGCUGCAGACCUUUGUGAACGAUCUCAGUGAGGAUCAGGCUGCAGCCCAGGAAGCUGUGGAGCACUUUGAUAAUGUGGUCAUUGCCCCAUGGCGAGCAAUGCUCCGCAAGAGACAGAGGCAGCAGACCAUGGACCGGUUUGUGGUGAAGCAGGGCCAGACUUGUUCCCCACAAGCUCGUCCAUGA